UUGUCACUAUAAAAGGAACUGAAUAUCACUGCUUGUUGCUGACUUUUUGGAGGUUAACAAUAAUCACAAGGAUCUGUCUUUCCAAAGUUCUUUCUCAAAGGAAGGAAUCUACUUGAAGUUCUUGUUUUCUGGCUUUUUGAAGACAUCUUUGAAUGUUUGAAUUUCUAUAUAUUUUUUACUCUGUACUGUUUGUGUUUUUUUAAUGAAGUCAAUUUGUGUGAUGAUUUCAUCUAAAGUGUCCAUCGUCAUGAAACUUUAAGUUAUAGUAGACAACUUUUGCUUUGGGAGGCUGACAAGAUUGUGGCUAUUUUUGUGCGAGGAUUACACUUUGUGGUACUGUCGGAUGACUGAGCUCUACAUGUAGAGACUAGACCAGACCACCACUUGUACCACAAUAUUUCACAAUACAUGUACCUUCAAUCUCACAAAGUCCACGAUGAAUGAUGCAAAGAAGACGGACAGACCGGCAGGGGACACUACCUUGAUGAAAAUACGGAAAACCAUCUCCAAGUUCUCUCCUUUCAAGCGUAGAAGAGCUCAGAGUCUUGUCAAAGAUACAGUUUCAAAGGCACCUGCUGAGGACGCAAAUGCAGCAGGCCAUGCUGGAACUCUCCCUCGCAUCGUCCUGGACGACGUUGCAAUAAAGAAUUGGUGCGAUAUAGCCAUCUUGGAUACUGAUUUUUCGCAAAGUGCUGAGAAAUCUACAUCACUGCCAUCUAUCAUUGAGAAAAAAGGAAAAGGCGUAUCGCAUCUCAUUAGGCCAUCAGUGUCUGGGAGCAGUUCACCCCACCAUGUCACCCCGUUCUCACCUUCCCGCACCCCGCGGUUCCCUAAACACAAACCAUCUCCAAUGGACAGCACCUAUGCGGAUCUGGCUCAGCAGGUGCUCAAGGAAUCGCGCACAGACGAAUCCCGUAGCGCAAACUAUGAAUUUCCUGAGGAGAUCCCAAUUGAGAACAUUGAGGAGAAGAACACAAGGGUUCAGAAAGUCGUCAGUUAUGCUAGCGCCCUUAAGCUGCGGUCGGCGCACACAAGCCCAGAGAGGGCUUCCGGUGCCGGCACCCCUUCCAAAACCGCCUUGCCGUCUCAUUCUAAGAACUUUGAGAUGGAUGAUGAUGCCGAGGACGACAUCUCCCAGCUCAAAGACACUAUCAGUACCGACGAACUACAGGACUCGUUCAGUCACAUGACAUCGCAGCUCAGUCUGGAGUAUCAACGUGUAUCGAUUAGUGGAGAGGACAUGAGUGGGGUUCCCCCGGAAGACCUCCACCACGCCUCUCUGUCGUUGGUCGAAGCGUUGUUGAUCCGCGAGAAGUACAUGGAUCUUGCCUCGCAGUCGUUCCCGAGGACUACGACCUACUUCUUGAGACAAGUUGACCGCAAGCCACUGAACCUUGAUGAAUCAAGCUCUGUUGAAGAUGUUCACAUAAGUAGCAAGAAGAGCCGGGAGUCCGCUAAAAGCCCCAACAAAGAAAUCAAACAUCACCCAAUCAACGCUCCUUCAAAGUCGGAUCCCUUCGAGAUGGAGCUACCUGAUGCGAUCAGCUGUGAGCUGAAGCAGAUAGAAGGUGUGAUGAGAGUCUUUGAGAAUCAGGAGAAACUGGAUAAGAAUGAACCGAUCGAGUUAGCCUACCCGGACAGGUCGACGUUCCUCAUUGACAGUAACAAGAUGCUCGCCCUCAUUGCUAACGGACCCAUUAAAUCCUUCUCCUAUCGCCGGCUGUCCUACCUAUCGUCUAAGUUCCACCUUCACAAUCUACUGAAUGAGAUGAAAGAACUAGCUGCACAGAAGAGUGUGCCCCACAGGGACUUCUACAAUCUCAGAAAGGUUGAUACUCACGUUCACGCAGCGUCGUGUAUGAAUCAGAAGCAUCUUCUUCGAUUUAUUAAGAAGAAGAUGAAGACGGAAGCAUCAAGAGAAGUCUACUUUGACAAGAAACUAGGAAGGGCUUUGACUCUUAAAGAGGUGUUUGACAGUAUGAACCUCAAUGCAUAUGAUAUGAAUGUAGACAUGCUGGAUGUCCAUGCUGACCGCAAUACGUUCCAUCGAUUUGACAAGUUCAAUUCCAAGUACAACCCGAUCGGAGAGAGCAAGCUCAGAGAGAUCUUCAUCAAGACAGAUAACUUCAUCGAAGGAGAAUACUUCGCUCAGCUUAUCAAGGAGGUUGCAGCAGAUUUAGAGGAAUCGAAGUACCAGAAUGCCGAGUACAGACUCUCUAUCUAUGGUCGCAAUCGCAACGAAUGGGACAACUUAGCCAAGUGGGCUGUCAAGCAUCACGUCUACUCCGACAAUAUCAGAUGGCUCAUACAGGUUCCUAGACUAUAUGACGUGUACAAGUCUAAUAAGUUGGUGUCUAACUUUGGAGAUCUGCUGUCAAACCUGUUCGGACCUCUCUUCGAAGUGACCCGGGAUCCAAGCUCUCAUCCAGACCUUUAUAAGUUCCUUACAUAUGUUUCAGGAUUUGACAGUGUAGACGAUGAAUCCAAGCCGGAAGACCUGGUAUUCUCAGCAGAUAGCCCGGAACCUGAGAACUGGAGCGGUAACGACAAUCCACCAUACAGCUAUUACCUGUACUACAUGUACUCUAACAUUGUAGUCCUCAACAACUUCAGAAGAGAGCGUAACAUGAACACGUUUGUAUUGAGACCUCACUGCGGUGAAGCCGGCCCAGUCCAUCAUUUAGUCACGUCCUUCAUGCUAGCGCAGAACAUCUCACAUGGCUUGCUUCUCAGAAAGUCUCCAGUGUUGCAGUACCUGUACUUCCUGAGUCAGAUUGGGAUCGCUAUGUCGCCUCUGAGCAACAAUUCUCUCUUCCUCAACUACCAUCGCAACCCACUCCCAGAAUUCCAUGCGCGUGGUCUCUGCGUCUCCAUCUCCACCGACGACCCUCUUCAGUUCCAUUUCACAAAGGAACCUUUGAUGGAGGAAUAUAGUAUUGCAGUACAGGUCUGGAAGCUUACUACAUGUGAUAUGUGUGAACUGGCCCGUAACAGUGUCGUCAUGAGUGGAUUCGAUGCCGAGACUAAGGACCAUUGGCUUGGUCCAAACCAUCGCAAGGAAGGACCCGCCGGUAACGAAAUCACCCGUACCAAUGUACCCGACAUCAGGGUUGCGUUCCGACACGAGACGCUCUGUGGUGAGCUCUUGACGAUCUGCAGAGCAGCCCAGGAUCAGAGUGAACAUCUUACACCAUUGCCAAAGAAGCUGUAGAUAAUAGGACGGGACGUGACUAGGACGGGCUCUAACAAAGAAGUUUGAGGUCAAGAGAGCUAA